GGAUAUAUAUUGAAUACAGACGCAGUCAAAAUCUGCAGGCUUUAUAUGUCUCUCCGUACACAUACAAGAAGCCAAACUGCAGCCAUGGAAAUGCCAAAGAGGCCUUCAAAAGCAUUAAUGGAGAGCGAUAAUACUCAUGAGGCAACGUCUUCUCUUGGCAAAACAGUUUUGGAAGACAAAACUGUGAAAUCUGAUGGUGAUCAUGAAGAGGGUACUCCCAGGGAGAUAGCCAAGGGAGGACAUGGGUGGCAUGUUGAACCAGACUUGGAGCCUCCUUCGACUGGAAAAAAUAGAGCCCUUGUCAACCACAAACAGGAUGAGCUGCAAUCAGCAAAAGCAGAAAUGGUAGAGGCUACAGAAGAAAACGAAAGGCUAAAGCUGUUAUUAUCCCAAAUCUCUAAGGAUUACCAGUCUCUGUGGAUGCAUUUUCAUGGCCUUCUUCAAAAUGGAGGAGAUACUAAGAAAUGUACCGAUACUAGUAGUAGUAUUGUUCUUGAUCUUACACAUAAGCAAAAUACUGAAGAAGCUGAUGACCUAGUGUCUCUUAGUCUUGGGAGAACCUCAAGUAGUAUUGAUCAGCCCAGAAAGGAUGGUCGGAUAAAAAAGAUUAGUCAACUGAGUUCUAGUACAAAUGGAAAAGAUGAUGAUGAUGAUAAUGGAAUGCUGAAUGGAGCUGGACUUGCACUGGAGUUGGGCUGCAAAUUUGAACCGGCUGCUGAUCAGUCAACCGAUAAUAGCUCUGGAGGCCCAAAGGAAGACGACCUGGCUGAGAUAGGGCCGCCUAGUAAGACGUUGAAGACAACGAGAAGUAGAGAUGAUGAGGUUUCACAACAAACCCGUUUGAAGAAAGCUAGGGUUUCUGUCAGAGUUAGAUGCGAUGAUCACACGAUUUAUGAUGGAUGUCAAUGGAGAAAAUAUGGACAGAAAAUAUCAAAAGGAAAUCCAUGCCCUAGAGCGUACUAUCGUUGCAGUGUCUCAUCAGCUUGCCCUGUGAGAAAACAGGUGCAAAGAAGUUUCGAGGACAUGUCCAUACUAAUCACAACGUACGAAGGAAGCCACAACCACCCACUUCCCAUGUCAGCCACAGCCAUGGCCUCUACCACCUCCGCCGCCGCUUCCAUGCUUCAGUCUCACUCAUCUACCUCCCAACAAGGCCUCAUCAACUCCACCACCGCUCCCAUCUCCGCCUCCACUAAUCUCCAAGGAGUAAACUUCAGUAGUACUAGUACUCUCUCUCAAAAUUCAAGGCUACCACAGAAACACUUCUACUUCCCCAACAGUUCGAUCUCAACCAACAAUUCCCACCCAACUAUCACUCUUGAUCUCACCGUCCCAUCUCCCUCUCAUUUCGGAGUAUUCCCCUCCGCGUCGGGGAGCGGCUUUUCUUCCAACCCAAGAUAUCCCUCAACAUCUCUCAACUUUUCGUCCUCUUCAGACCACAAUAACACAUUGCAAUUGAAAUCUCCUUGGAACAACAUCAAUCACACAGCUUCUGGAUAUUUCAACUAUGGGAAUAGAAUUAAUCAAGUUGGAUCAGCCCUAAACAUUGGAAAGCAACCAAUAUUUCAAGAACAUAACAAAGUGUACCAAUCCUAUUCCUACAUACAAAAUCAAAAUCCCUCUCCUCUUCAUCAUCCUCAGAUGUUAACCGAUUCAACGGCCACCGCCACAAAGGCAAUCACAUCGAAUCCGAAAUUUCAAUCGGCUUUGGCAGCUGCACUCACAUCAUUUGUUGGCAAUGGGAGUACAAGUAGUACUACUGGGAUCAGAGAAAGUCAUCAAAGUACUGUGACUAUUGCAGAAAGUGCUUCUGGGCUGAAAUUGAAGCGGGGUGAGUCGUUGACGUCGAAUUCAAUAUUCCCAUCAAGCCAAAAUGGAAUAGGGUGUGCAUCAAGCUACUUGAACAAAUCUUUGUGAUUCUUGAUUCAUUAUCUUUCUUUGAUUAGUUACCAGCUACAAGUCUUGGUAUCUAGAAAAACCCACAAACCAAGCAAGGCAUGGUGUAAUGUAAAUUAGAUGAGGUGUUAUAUACACACAAUGUACGAACUAAUACAGAUUGUAAAACUUUCGGGAACUGUUUGUUGGCACUUCAAAAAUGUUAUCGGUACAUUCCCUUAUGUAUAUUCAUAAAAAGGGUGCAGGAUGACAUUUUUGAAGUGUCAAUAAUUAUUCCCAAACUUUAUACAAUUAUAAAUUCACAUCA